AGGUUUCCUUAUCUAUGUUAUCGAAAUGGAGGAGGAGCUUUUUUGUUUCCCUUUAUUCUUAUGAUGUUUAUGAUUGGUCUCCCUUUGUUUUUCUUGGAAGCUGCACUUGGUCAGUUCACCAGCCGUGGUGCCACAACAUGCUGGGAAUACGCUCCAUUUUUUAAAGGCAAGACUAAAAAGCUUGAUUUUUUUCUUUCUUAGUGAUCUCUUUUAAAUUUAAAUCAGUAACAAAACAUACUAAAAAAAAAACAAAAUAAGCUUGGCGUAAGUGUAAGUAGGCCAUGUUUUUAUUUUUAAAAAGUAAUGUAAUUCGCAUUCUUUGGUUUGAAUGCAGACAAACUUUAAGGGGUCUCUUAUAAAAAAUGCCGUUUAAACUAAUCUCAUUUAUAAAUUUACACACUCUUCAAAUUUAUAUUUUUGAUAGGAGUUGGUGUUGCCAUGGUGAUUUGUUCCUCAUUUACCGCCAUCUACUACAACAUGCUACUGAGCUGGGCAUUGCGUUACAUGUUUGCUUCCUUCACGAGUGACUUACCUUUCUUAAACUGCGAUAAUGAAUGGAACACCCAGGGUAAAAAAUAUGUGUAGAUUUCUGCUCAAAGUUUUUACAAAUAAAAAUUGACUAAUUAAGAAUAAAAUUUAUCGGCAUUUUCUCAUUGGUUAAUAAUUAAAGAAUAAACAGUAACUGAAAGAAAGAAAAAAAUAUUACUGAAAAAUUUUCCCACAGCAGCUUUUUUUUUUUUAAAACAGCUGCACAGGUCAGCAGGUGUGUCACAAGAUUUUGUUAUUCAUUAAUAAAAAUAGAAAUUUAAUGAAUAUUUGUGCUAAUACAUUUCUAUACUUGAGGGGAAUGGGUCAGAAUUACUUAUGAAACAGAAUUUCUCAUACUCAUAUGACUAUACAAAAAUUGAUGUGUUGUAACCUCUAAAUCAAGGCUUUACUACAAGUGAAAUGGAAUUAAAUAACACAGUGUGGAUGGUAAAUUAUGCAUUAAAAAUUAGAUUUUCCUAUAAAUUAAUUUUUAUUUUAUCUUAACUUAUAUUGGUAUUUUAAGUUACUAAUGAUAAUGUGUUAACUAGUAUUUAUUCAUUUAUACAUAAAAAUAAAUUCAAAAUGCUCUGGUUUACAUUUUCAACUAACACAAAUUUCUAUUAAAAUGACACAGACUGCAAACUUAAACUCCCAAUAAUGAGCUGUAAAGGGGACAGUCAAGCUGAAGAUGGGCUUUGUAAAGAUGACAAUGGUAAAGAAAUUGGAGUUUGGAAUAAGACUAUAUUUUCUGAGUCAACAGGGAGAAAGCUUAAGUCUCCAGCUCAAGAAUAUUGGGAAGAGUAAGUUGAUAUUGGUACUGUAAAAUUAAUUUCCAUUUCAAACAUUUUUAUUUAACUAGUUAUGAAUAAGUCCAUUUGUUUGAAUUUAUUGGAGCAAUAAAUGUUCUGCUUAUCCUGGAGAGUUGAAAUUUGAAAAGACAACAGAUGUAAUUAUCAAAUCUUGACUGAUCAUCAAUAUACAUGUAACAUGUUGAAAAAUGUUCAGCUAAAAUAACAAAUCAAGCAUAAAUUAACAAGACCAUUAUCUUAGCAUAGAUCAGAGUCUAUGGUACCUCAUCACAGAUCCAUAACAAAUAUAAGAACUAUAAACUUUAAUACAUAUUGUAUGUAGAUAUACUCUUUGUAAUGGAUUUUUGGAUAUCUUCUUUGAACGAUUCUUGGGGAAAAGUGAAUGUUGUGGGUUGGACCCCAAUUUUUUCACAUGUAUUUCUAGAGUUAUAGUCAUAGUUGCUUUUUUUAAAUGGACAGAAAUGACUUUCCUAGUGUAAGGAAUUAAUUAAAGAAUAAUAAAGUUAUUGAGACUGAGGCCUAAUUAUUGUUUUAAAAAUUGUUUAUUUUAACCAAAAUAAUGUAACAUAGUUUUUACCCAAAGUGAAAACGGCCUUUUUCUACAUUCUUGUUGAUUAUUCAAUGUUAAUUUUUUUCAAUUUAAAAAUUGGAGUUAUGGAUAUUCAUUUGGAAUAUAUUAUCCUCAGAUCUGUGUUAGGAUUUAGUGAUGGCAUCCAAAAUUUUGGACAACCCAAAUGGGAUUUGGUCUUGUGUCUGCUGUUAGCUUGGAUCAUUUGUUUCUUUUGUUUAAUUAAAGGCAUUAAAAGUACUGGCAAGGUAGGUAUGGGACACAAAUGAGAUAUAACUUAGUUUCCUGUCAACAUUAAAAGAUAUGUUAGAUGAUCCUUUCUAGGCAUGUUUUAGCUUAAAAAAGUUACUAGGCAGCAGAUACCACUUAAGAAAAACAAAUGGAAGGCUAUACCUUACUAUAAUAGGACCAGUAGUCAGAUCUGCACCAGGUGUGGAUCCAUGCAUUGAGACAAAACGGCGUGGAUCAAACAGAAUUGAUGUGAGGUGCAGGUCAUAGCACACCAUAGUCGAUGUCAUCAUCAUCAUCAGUGGUUCUACAGCCCAUUUAGGGCCCUGGCCUGCUCCUCAAAAAUCCUUUUAUUUUGACCAAUCCAUGACUUUUCACCUUCAUGUGUGGACGAUUUUGAAUCUGAUGUAAGUCCUUCUCGUCAUCGCCAAUCCAUCUCAGUCUUGUUCAACAGGUGGGCCAUCUUGCCCCUUGGUUUCUGUCUGUUGAUUCAUAAUGAUUUGGUAAUCAUUUUCUUAAAAAAUAUAUUUUGUUAUAAAUCAAUUAAAACUUUAUAAUAAAAAUAAUGCACUGUUGAUACUUUUUGUCCUUGUUUCAGGUUGUAUACUUCACAGCAUUGUUUCCUUAUGUUGUUUUAGUCAUCCUGUUCUUCAGGGGGGUAACUCUAGAAAAUGCAUCUGUUGGAAUUUACUAUUUCAUUACUCCAGUAUUUGACAGGCUUGGUGAUGCUAAUGUAAGUAUGUAUAAGUAAAUACAAUGUGUAGACAAUUUAAUUUUCUUUACCUCUGAUAUUUUUAUUGUAUAAAAUUAAAAUUCAAAAUUAAAUCAAUAUUGUAAUAUGAUUGGCAUGAAAAUUAUUUUGUGUGUGAUCUAAAUCAUUCAUCUUAUUCAUUAUUUGGACCCAAGUAGUGCAAUUGUUUUUGGAAUGAGAUAAGUGUCUACAAAUUAUUAUGUUUUUUUAAAAAUGAAAUAAAAUACAACUGUUUCAUAUAUCUUUUAAUAAGGACAUUUUCAUCUAUUUGCAAAACUACUUAAACACACUUUUUGCAUUAAUUUUAGCAUAAUUUAAUGGUAUUUAAAUUAUUCUCUUGCAAGGUUUGGAAAGACGCUGCCAACCAAAUUUUCUUCUCAAUGGGAAUAGCUGGAGGAGGACUUAUAACGCUGUCAAGUUACAACAGGUUUCACAAUAAUAUUGUUAGGUAAGUACUUUGUGCACAUUUAAUUAGAAAUAUGGCAUCACGGAAAGAAUCCAAACAGCAUCAAAAAAAUGUAUUACCCACAUAUUAUCAGUCCCAAACUAACUAGUGAUAAAAAAUAGAAACUGUAGUUAGUGACACAUCACUCAAAGUUCAAAUAUUAAAAGUAUUUAAAAAAAAUAAUUUAAGUUCUAGUGUUACAUACGCUGUUUUAUAAUAAAAAGUAAUAUGUUUCAUUCUCAUCCACAGAGAUUCUGUAAUUGUUGCUGUUGGUGACUCCUUGACCUGCAUUCUGAGUGGUUUUGUUAUUUUCUCUUACUUGGGGUACAUGGCUGGUCAGCUGGAAGUGGGCAUUGAAGAAGUGGCAGCUGAUGGUAAAUAUCUGUCAAUUGCUGUAUAUAUUGGGGUAAUAUUAUAAACUUUAUACCAGCUUGUUUAAGGUGUUAGGUUUUAAAGCCUUGACAACAUUACAAUUUAAGAGAUAUAUAAACAUGUGUUUGUGCUGGUAUAUAAAAAAAAAAUGCUUAUGAGUUAAGGUAUCAAAUCUGGGUAUUAGUGAAAGAAAUAAUUUGAAUAUUCGUAAGUGUGUAAUUAAAAAGUUAAAAUGCUAAUACGAUGUUUGAAAAUUAAUUUUAAAAAAAAAUAAUAUCCACAGGUGCUGGCCUUGCUUUUGUUGUUUACCCAGAAGCCAUUUCGAAUUUGCCCCCACCAACGUUAUGGGCAUUGCUCUUCUUUGUUAUGUUAUUAACUCUAGGAUUAGAUUCCCAGGUAUAUUUUGAAAAACUUGAGAAAAAUCAAGGAUUUUUUUUGACAGACAAACUAUAUGUUAAAAAGACAACUGUAAAAUAAUUGUUCUGAAGCAUAGACAUAUUUAUUUUUAAGCCCAAAAUUUGUGGCUAAGAGUAUUAAAUUAAAAGACUAAAAUUUCAGUUGAAUUUAACAUAAAAAUUGAAAUCAGAAAAGGGUUUAAAUUUGACUAAAAAAGUUUUAUAUCAAAAGUUAGGCUCUUUCUUAUUUAAUAUUUUAUUAAAAUAAUGAUCUGUCCAUUCAGUUUGCCAUGUUGGAAACUAUUAUGACUGGGAUCAUUGAUCAGUUUCCUUGGUUAAGACCAAAGAAGGUGAUGGUAAUCCUCUCCAUCUGCGUGUUUCUCUUUAUAUUGGGGCUUCCAUUAACAUGUCCUGUGAGUAUUUUUAUUAAAUUAUUGUUUGUUUUUUUUUCUUCUGGAUUUUAAACAUAAAAACAAAAUAUUAGGACAAUAUUUUACCUGUUUACACAUUCCUUUAAAAAACAUGCCCCCCCCCCCCCCCCCCCCAUUUUUUUUUAUUUUUUUUUUUUUUUUUUUUUUUUUUUAUUUUUAAAAUAAAAAAAAAAUAUUAUGUUAAUUUUUUUUCUGUUUUCACAUUUCUUUAAAAAAAAUGCCCCCCCCCCCCCCCAACUCUAGUUCCCCCAAACUAUCCAUUGAAAAUAAAUCAUUUUUAUUCAGGGAGGUAUGUACUUACUGCAGCUCAUGGACAACUAUGUUGGAGGCUUAACACUUAUUAUAAUUGCCUUUUUUGAGUUGGUUUCAUUAAUUUAUAUCUAUGGUGAGUCAAUUUACUGCUUUUAUUUUUACCUUUUAUAUUAAUUAUUUUUAACUUUAAUAAAUCACUAAAAAUAAUGAAUAUAACUAAAUUUAUGUUUACUUCCCCUCAUAUUAUUAUUACCAUACCUUCGCAUGAUAAUAUCACAUAUCUACUUCAGGUGUUAGAAGAUUUUGUAAAGACAUACAGCUAAUGACUGGCAGCACAAUAUUUUUAUAUUGGCAAGCGACGUGGUGUGUUAUCAGUCCUGUCACUAUUGCUGUAAGGAAUUAUUGAAAUAGAUGUUGUUUUUUAAAAAAACAAAUUAAACUUAAUUGUAUUUCUAUUAUUAACAUUCUCUGGGCUUAAACCUAAAUCAAUUACCAUAUUGUUCAGAGUAUUGGCUACACUUUUCCCCCUAAUGUAAGUCUUUAAAUAGGGGUGUGCCCUACGUUCAGAAUUUUGAAAGAACAAGUUUUUUUUUUAAAACAAGGUUAAACUUAUCAGCAGCCUAAAAUCUUAAAAUAAUGGUAUUUAAACAUAACUGAUUAUCAGAAAAUUUAAUAACUACCAAGAAAUUAAUUUUCCAUCAAUUAUUAAGAUUAUAGGCCACCUUGAACUAUUUAAUUUCAAUAGUGCUGACUAUUCUUUAAAAAAAUUAAAACUCUUAACGUAAAACGUUAAAUAAUUUUAUUUAUUUUGUAUCUGUCAGUUUGUAAUAUUAAUAUAGAUGUGCUUAGAUUUUUAAAGUGCUAGAAGCUAUAACAAAAUUAUUUAGCAUUUCAUUAGAAGAAUGAAGGCGUUGGUAAAUGAGAUAAACUAAUUGUUUUGUAUGAAAAAUUUUUCAGUUUAUAUUCAUCUUCAUGUUCAUUGACUACAAAGCAUCUACUUAUGAUAAGUACACUUAUCCAGGCUGGGCUGAUGCUAUGGGGUGGCUGAUGACUCUGACAGCAGUUCUAGCUAUACCAGCAAUCAUGCUAUACAAGAUUUGCAAGGAGAGGGAUGAAGACAGCCUGUGGCAGGUGGGUGCAGGCAUUAAAAUGAAUACCGGUAGCUAUUUUUUCUCAAGUAAAAAAAAAUUCCACAACAAAAAAUUUGUAUUUUUCAAUGCCCAAAUUACUUAAUGUCAACUAUCAGUAUUCAUCAAAUAUUGGUUGUUUCAAAAUUCAUUUGAGAUGUUUCUGUGAUGAUUAGUGCAAAGUUUUGAAAAUAUAAAAUGUUGUUCCUUGUAUGAUGGUGUAAAAAAUCAGGAAAGUGCACAUUGAAUGUUGUGUCUCCGAUUUUUCAUGAGAUAUAUCAAAAUAAAUGAGUAUCAAAUAAACUGAGGAAUAAAACGUCAGGACAAGACUCAAUUGCUAGUGAGAACAAAACAAAAAACCCUAUUUCUAAUUUGCAGAAAAUCAGAUUGCUUUGUUUGCCAUCCAUAUACUGGGGCCCAGCUUUAAAAAAGCAUAGAAUGUUGGUGACUUAUGUGGAAGGCUUUCAGGUGGAUCCUCUUAAAAACCUUCAACUGAAAACUGGCGUGGUCAACAAGGCAUUCCAGGAGUCACCUCAACCGAGUAUUAAGGUAUAUAGUGAUGUUAUCAAUUGAAAGAUUUCGGUCUUCUUUUUAAGCACCAUAAUAAUUUUUUUAAAUAAUUAAAAACUAUUUUUUUGUGACCUCCUUAAAGAUGAGAUACAUUUUUAAAUUGUAAAUUUUAUUGAAAAUGACAUUAUGAUCAAGUAUAAAAGGUUUUAUCUUUCAAUGAAAAUUUUAAAAAAUGGUUGAUAUAUUUGUAGCUUUCAGUGUAAUGCGUACUUAUCAAAAUCAGAAAAAACUGAUAAAUAGCCAAAUUGUAAACACACAGAAUAUGUUCAGUUAUUAUAUUUAAAGAAUCCAUUUGGGGUUUUUAGGAACUAGCAGUGGAGUAGGAAGGAGGGGUGCAGAGUGGGGUGAAAAUUUUUCUUUUUAUGGAGGGGGCCGUAUUUUUAGUCAAAUGCAGAGUUUUUUUUCAUGUAAGGGGAGUGUCAAAAACUUUGACCCACCCAGGGCAGCACAUACUAUGGCUACAGCAUUGAUAACCAGUACUUGAAGAAUUAGAAUGAUCCCUCACAUCAAAAAUUAAAUAUUAAACAAUAAGAUUCUGGUUAUUCUAGAUGUAGAAACUUUGAUCUGCUGCAGUGCCAUAGCCGUAGUGAGAUAAGUAAAUCCUGGAACUGGAACCAGUGCAAAUACCUUAAGCCCUUUAAGCCAAUAAUCUUGUUUGUUACACCACUUCCUAAGACCAAUGAGAAUUUUCUCUCACGGGUUAAUUAAAAAAAUGAUUAAAUCCUAAUAUUUUCAUUUUUUCUUCUGACAUUAGGCUGAGAGUAAAUUGUCAUUGUUUGCAUCUCGCAUAUCUGUGAUGUCAAGCUUGUCCAAGGCUACGGUUGGGACAACACGUUCAGAAAAAUCUGGAAUAUCUUUUGAAACCAAUGUAUAAUUUUAAACUUGAAUAUCAGAUACUUAUUUUGUUAGUGAAUCAAGUGAUAUCACAGAUAUUUGUUUAAUAAAAAUGAAUUUUCCUAAUCAAAGUUCAAAGCCAAAUUACUCUAUUUUUUAAAAAUAUAUGGAUUUGGUGUAUAUAUCAUAAUUUCAGUAGGAUAUUUGGCUAACCUAUACUGUUUACUAAAUCAUCAUGUGUUAAUACUUUUGUUUUUAUCCUUGGAUUUCAAGUUAAUAAUCAGUGUAACAUUAAGUUCAAAUAUUUUUAUGAAAAUAUUUUUUUAAACAAUGCAACCUUUUAAUGUUGGGUGUUGAAUACAUACUGAUUUAUGAAAAUGUUUUUUUUUUUUAUAUAUAUACUAAGUAAGAAAUUUUUUUUUACCUAAUUCCAUUUGAUUUUUUUUUUUAAACCUGAACAUUUUAAACAUUUUAUUAGCCUGUUUACUGCCCCCAAAUUUUUAAUUUCUUACUACCAAUAUCUUGAGAGCACACAUAAUUGUUGAUGAGGUCUAUUUGUAAUCAAAGGAAUGGAUCUGCUCUUUCUUCUUCUUACAUAUAUUAAGGGCCCACGAUAAAUUUAUUGAUCAUUUUGGCUCCCAUGCAUGUAGAGGGGGAUUUGCAAUGUUUCUGUGCCUGGUGUUGAUGAGGAUAUUUCACAGGUUGCAAGGGCUACUUGUGAGGGUAUCAUGCACUGGGGGUUGGAAGGCCUGAGGCAAGAGACGCAAAUGUGUCAAGUGCUGUCGCCUCAACUGUUCCUUUUGAAAGCUUGUUCCAGUCCCUGAUUGUCUUUGGAAGGAAUGAGCAGUUCCUAUACUGGCUUCUCGCCGGUAUGAGCCGGAAUUGCCUGUCAUGGCCUCGUCACUGUCUAUGGGGAAUAGGGACAAGUUUCUGUUUAAUGCUGGAGCAGUGGACCAGCCCAUUAUUUAUCUUAUACAUUAUGGAGAGCCUGGAUAGUCGUCAUCGUUCCUACAACACACAUCACCUUGGUUUGAAACCAGGUUCAGCUAACAUUUAAUUUCCAUUUAACAAUCAAAUAACUAAGUAGUAAAUUAAUUCUGUAUAUUUAAUGGCUGAUUAAUAAUAAGAGACUUAAUCCUAUUUUUUCUUCCUCCCUUAAAUUAUUUGUUGAAUAUUAUUUCAUUGUAACAAAAAUGAUUUUUUAAAUUUUUUAUUUAAAUCAAACCAUGGGCAUGUAAUAUCAAAUAUUAGCAUGUAAUAUCAAAUAUUGGUGCUGAAUAGAGAAACUUCUUUUUGAGAUGGAUGAUUAAUUUUAUAUUUUUAAUUUACUCUAAUUGUAUUUGAAAAAGCUCUUUGACUAAUAAUUAGAUUUUUUUCAAUAAAACCUUGUUGUUUUUAUAUCUAACUGGUAUGUGUGAUGAAUACCUUUAAACCAUUUCAAAUGUCUAAGCAAAGUUGCAGAUGAAUAAAUGAAAUAACCAUUAAUGUUACUGAAAUUUCUUCCCUGAAAAAUAUU